AUGGUCGCCGGCUCCAAGUUCAACACGGGCCGAUGCCUGGACGUGACCGAACAUCCAGGACCCGCAGGUUCUCGACGCCAAGAACCAGUCAUGCCCAGCAGUACCCCGGGAAGCUGUCCAUCCGGCCAUCGCGGCGGAGCAGAUCGAGCACAGGGAUUCCGAGUAGCAGUAACUAUCGGCUGCCACCUCGACCCGACAAGUGGCCAGCCGUCUGACCGUGCCCCGGGCGACGUGUGGGCCGACUGCAGGCCCAGGUCCGAGUCCAAGCCCGUCAUCGGCUACGUCGACCAGGGGGGUUAUGACGGGGUGCUCGCCCAGCGGCACUCCGGCCAUCCCGAUUCCAACGGUUUCCCUGCCGCGUUCUCGUUCGAGGAUCUGAUCGAUAUUUUUUUAUAUGAGCCCACGAUCGGCACUAUCAUGUGGGAUGCUGCGGCCAAGCACAUCAACUUCACCAUCGGGUUCCUUGUCGAGGCCUCCUACAUCCAGGGAGGCGAGAGGGAGGUUUGA